AUGGUUCCAACGCUCGAUUUGAGCCUCUUCACGACAGGUGACGAACAGUUGCGUCAGCAAUUUGCGGACGAGCUUCUUGCUGGCCUGGUAGACACCGGGUUUGUGAAGAUCAUCAACCAUGGUCUCGAGAAGAAGAGGCUUGAUGAGGUCUUUAGAUGGAGCAAGGAAUUCUUCCAUCAACCUGUCGAAGCCAAGAACGAGGUUGCUAAUGUGAUUGGACCCAAGCCUGUGCGCGGGUACAGCGGUGUAUCGGUCGAGUAUGUUUCGAGACUCGUGGAUGCUGAGACGUCCAAACCCAUCACCGACUCAAAGGAACAUUUUGAUCUGGGGUCUGCGAAUGACUCCGAGUUCCCAAACCAAUGGCCUCAGAGCCCCGAGCUUCAGGGGUUCCGCCCUUUCAUGGAAAGGUUACACGAGGACGGAAACGCUAUUUGCCUUACGUUACUUGAGGCCUUGGAGAUUUCCCUCGGUCUCAAGCCUGAGUCGUUGAAAGAACGCUCCAUCCCCAACGCUGCGGACCUCCGUCUUACCCACUAUCCCGAAAUCGCCAUCAAAGAAAUGAGGUCUGGGCGAACGAGCCGCAUCGCGCCGCACUCAGACUGGGGUAUCAUCACACUUUUGUUUCAAGACAGCACCGGUGGCCUGGAGGUGGAAGAUCGGACCCGGCCGGGCACUUUCAUCCCUAUUGAGCCCAAUGACACCACCGAGAUGAUUGUGAAUGCUGGUGACACCCUGAUGCGCUGGACGAACGGAAAAGUCGUCGCUGGCAUUCACCAGGUUACUGUCCCUGAGGGUCUCAAGAAGAUGGAUGAGAUUAUAAUCCCCGAGAGAUACAGUGUGGCGCAUCUCUUCAAGGCGCAGCGACAGGUAUCAAUCGCUCCUCUGAGUCAGUUCGUUACUGCUUCAGAGCCGGCGAAGUACCCCGAAAUGAGCGCCUUGCAAUAUCACAGACAGGUACAGAACCUGCUUUUCACUUAA